AUGUCUUUGGAGACAGAACAAGAUGAAAUCUCAAGUGGUCUAAAUACAAAAGGACAAAAUGAAAGCUUUCACGCGUUUCCUGAAAAUGAUGCCAGGAAAGACUCAUUACAUUCAUCAGAGAAUCCUGAAGUAGUUGACCUAACUGCUAAAAGUCUGAGUGAAAUUUCAUAUGAAGUUCCUAAAGCAGAUGACAAUGAGGAAAACCAUAAAAUGACUGAAAAUUUAUCAAAAAGCGAUUUGCCUGAAAAAAGGUAUGAAUAUGAAUUUUCAGCUGAGAUAAAUUCUGCCACAGUGCCUCAAGGUGUCUCAGCAACAGAUGGGAGAAAAUACGAACUACUUACAUCAGCUGAAAAGAAUACUGGAAAACUAAACCAAAUCCUUGCAGAUGUUGAUGAAGAUGCCAAAACAGACACGUUACCAUCAGCAGUGGAUCUUGAAAAUGCUAAAAAUGGAUCAACAUAUGCAUUGCCUGAAGAAAAAGAUGAGAAUUUCACAGUUAUGCUAAAUAAUAAAGGAUUAAGGGACAUUCCUCUGCUCACUUUUCGAAACCAAAAUUUAAAAUAUUUGCAUUUAUACAACAAUGAAAUAAAAACAUUACAUUCAAAUAUAGGUAAUUUAAUUAAUCUGGAAGUCCUAUUCGCUGAAAAAAAUAAAUUGACAUCACUGCCACCAGAAAUUUCCUUACUUCAUAAACUAAGAGUAUUAAAUAUUAGUCACAACCAGUUAUCAUAUCUCCCUAAAGAAUUAUCAAAACUUGUAAAUAUUAAGGAACUCUUUCUCAAUCACAACAACAUUGAUGAAUUUCCUUUUGCAUUGAAAAGCCUUGAAACUUUAGAACUUGCUGGGAACAAGCUAAAAACUUUGCCAGAUACCAUGGUUGACAUGAAAAAUUUGAAGGUACUCAAUAUUGAUUCCAAUCAGAUCUUAAUAUUCCCAAAGGUUGUCUGCUACCUUCCUUAUCUAGUAAAACUCAGCAUAUGUGAGAAUUUGAUUCAGAGCUUGCCAAAGGACAUUAAAGAGCUCAAGAAACUACAAGAAUUUUCAGUCAGUAGCAAUAAGCUUAUAUUUUUGCCUGUGCAGCUUUUUCAGUUGACAAAACUAAGAGAACUCAGAGCUGACAACAACAAACUGGAGUUUCUUUCAGAUAAAGUUGAGAAUUUACAAGAACUUACGUUUCUGAACCUUGCAAAAAAUUUAUUCAAAAACAUUACAGAGAAUCUUUGCAACUGUACCAUGUUGAAACAUCUCAUUCUACAUGAUAAUCAGUUAACACAGCUUCCUGCUAAUAUUCACAAACUUAAACGCUUAAAGGAGUUUUCCUUAAGUAGGAACCAGCUGGACUCACUGGAUGAGCAAAUAUCACAUUUUAAAGACCUCUCCGUAAUAGAACUUUCUGGAAAUGCACUGACAUACAUUCCUGUUGAAUUAAAAAAUUGUAUGGGGAUAACCAAAGCUGACCUCAGCAAUAAUAAGCUCUCUCAGUUUCCACAUGCAUUGUGUGCACUAUUUGAUCUUAAGUACUUAAAUCUUAGUGGAAACUGUAUUUCAGAAAUAGUACCUGGAAUUUCUUACAUUAAAAAUUUGGAGUAUCUACAUUUAAACAAAAAUAAACUGUCCUCUUUUUCUGCAUGCUUGUGCAGCCUCACAAAACUAAUUUACUUGGAUGUAAGUGAGAAUGAAAUCCAUAGCAUGCCAGCAAUGGUAUCUGAGAUGAAGGCUCUCCAGGUACUUCUUUUACACUGCAAUAAAUUUGACUUAUUUCCCGAAGAACUGUGUUCUUUAAAGAGUUUACAAAUCCUUAACCUUGCAAAUAAUCAGAUAAAGAGCAUUCCUUUACAGAUUAGUAAUCUGGAAGUGAUUAAAGAACUAAAUGUGUCAAACAACCAGUUUGUAUCUUUCCCUUCUGAAAUAUGUCAUCUUUCAUCACUGGAGAAAUUGACAGUGUGUCAGAUGAAUGGGUUGAAGUUAACAAAAGUUCCAGAGGAGAUAUCUAAAUUGAUUUGCCUCAGAGAGCUUGAUGUAUCUCAUAAUGCAUUAAAGGAAAUUCCAGAUGGCAUAGGGGAACUGGAAUAUUUGGUCCAUUUAAUUGCAAAUAAUAAUGAUAUCAGUCAGCUCCCCAAAUCUAUUACAUCACUAAGAAAUCUACAGCAACUUGACCUGAGUGGAAAUUGUCUGAUAUCUUUGCCUGCUGGUCUUCGGCAUCUUCAUUUGCUAACAGACAUAAACUUUGAUGGAAAUGCUCUGUUUGAACCACUGCAGGAGGUGUGUAAAGGAAAGCAACUAGAUCCCAUUCUAUGCUAUCUGGAAAGUGCUGAGGAAAGAGACGAGAAAAUAUUGCAGAAGAUAUUAGAAGUGAUUGCUGACAAUGUUCCUUAUGAAAAUUUUGAAUUCUUCUGCCAGAAACUGCAACUUCAUCAUGCUGACAUCAAGUCUCUUGAAAAUAGCAGGACUGUUAAACUAGAAGAGAAAAUCAUGACAGCACUGAACAUUUGGAAGAGUGAAAACCAACUCCUAACUUCUGCUGAAAUGAUAGAUAAACUGAUCAGAAUCCUAAAAUAUCCGCCAUACAUUUCGUCGAGCAUCCCUUUCCUUGGACAUGCAGUAGCGUUUGGGAAAAGUCCCAUUGAGUUUUUGGAAAAUGCUUAUGAACAGUAUGGGCCUGUGUUCAGUUUCACUAUGGUUGGCAAGACGUUCACAUACUUACUGGGCAGUGAUGCUGCUGCUCUACUCUUCAAUAGCAAAAAUGAAGACUUGAAUGCGGAGGACGUAUACUCUCCGUUAACUACGCCAGUCUUUGGCAAGGGAGUUGCCUAUGAUGUCCCUAAUAUGGUGUUUUUGGAACAGAAGAAGAUGCUCAAAACUGGGCUAAAUAUUGCCCGAUUUAAACAGCAUGUAUCUGUGAUUGAAGAAGAAACAAAAGAGUAUUUCAAAAAAUGGGGAGAAAGUGGAGAAAAGAACCUGUUCGAAGCCCUUUCAGAACUUAUCAUUUUGACAGCAAGUCAUUGCUUACAUGGGAAAGAAAUAAGAAGCUUACUGAAUGAGAACGUGGCUCAGCUGUAUGCUGAUUUGGAUGGGGGAUUUACUCAUGCUGCCUGGCUCCUGCCAGGUUGGCUACCUCUGCCUAGCUUCAGACGACGAGAUCGAGCGCACAAAGAAAUAAAGAGCAUCUUCUAUAAGGUUAUCCAGAAACGUCGAAAGUCUGAGGAGAAAGAAGAUGACAUACUCCAAACUCUACUUGAUGCUUCCUAUAAGGAUGGCCGUCCGCUGACAGAUGAUGAAGUUGCUGGCAUGCUUAUUGGGUUGCUGUUAGCAGGGCAACACACGUCCUCCACCACUAGUGCCUGGCUUGGCUUCUUCCUAGCCAGAGACAAAUCAAUACAGGAACAGUGUUACGCAGAACAGAAAGCGGUUUGUGGAGAUGACUUGCCACCAUUAACGUAUGACCAGCUGAAGGAUCUCAGUUUGCUGGAUCGCUGUGUAAAAGAAACUUUAAGGCUGAGACCUCCUAUAAUGACUAUGAUGAGAAUGGCCAAAACUCCUCAAACUGUUGCUGGGUAUAGUAUUCCUCCUGGCCAUCAGGUCUGUGUGUCUCCCACUGUUAACCACAGACUGAAGGACUCAUGGAAAGCUGCUCUAGACUUCAAGCCUGACCGGUAUCUCCAAGAUAAUCCCGCAGCUACAGAGAAAUUUGCCUAUGUUCCGUUUGGUGCUGGCCGUCAUCGCUGUAUUGGAGAAAACUUUGCUUAUGUUCAGAUUAAGACCAUUUGGUCUACUUUGCUUCGUUUAUAUGAAUUUGAUCUCAUCAAUGACUACUUUCCAACUAUAAAUUAUACAACAAUGAUACACACACCUAAUAACCCAGUUAUCAGAUACAAGAGGAGGUCACCCUAAGUUCUGGAACAAAAACCUUAUCUAUUUAAGUUGUGUGAACUAACAGACUUUUGAAUAAAACUGGCAAAAUGAAUGGCAAUUGGAAACUGUUCCAUGACUCUGUGAAAGCAACAAUAAUUUACCAGCUGUGAUGUCUUUGCAUCUAUUUAAUUUGUUUCUCCAUACCAUUUAAUGCUGCUGUAUGUAAUUGCUUGUUUUACAACUUUUUUGUUGCAAUUUUUAAAUGAAAACUGUCUUUUCUAUUUGUGUAACAUUUUUAAAGUGCAUGACAACUCUUUCCUUAAAGGUGAAGAAACAAUAAGCUAUUUCUACAAACUGAAAUCUUUGUUUCUGAAAAGUAGCUAAAAGUUACUUUUCUCCUCUUAAGGGGUACAACUAUGUACAUUGCAUCUGUAUCCAGUUAUGGUAAAUCCAUCAGGUAACAGGCACCAAGUUGGAAUGUACCUUCGUGGUGCUCUACUGUGAGAGUAGAACUGCAAAUAUUGUAGUAAUGAGUGAACUAUCUGUGGUCUUAGCUGCUGAUUGAAAGUACCCACAUACUUAUUUAAAAAAUUGUUACUGUACAGAAGAGUAUUGAGCAGACUACAAAAAUACUUAUAGAAGAGACUUUACUGAGAAUAAACGAUUUUUAUGAACUUCAGCUGUAAAAUGGUUAGGUUCAAAAAAACCCAGCAAAUCCUUUUCUAGAAACAAUUCUGAAAACUAGUAAUUUCUAAAAGCCUGAUACAAGUAUGAAAAGUAACAGUAAAUGGUACAAACAACUUUAAUUUUGUGAAUAACUACUUUAUGUAUAGAGCGGUCAAAGAAAGUGAAAUGUGAACGUUGUUCCCCUUUGUACUGACUCAUGCAGGAUUUUUAAAUGAUGUUUGUUUAAAAAAUGAUGAUAAAUGAAUGGUAAUGAGCUCUGGCUCAUAGAAACUUUGAAUUAAAUCUAUAAACAAA